GAAGAACUCCUUUGUUGCUUUAGCUGUAUGUUUGGGAGUAUUGUCUUGCUGUAGGAUGAAGCAGCAUCCAAUGUGUUUGGAUGCAUUUGGUUGGACUUGAGCAGAUAAGAUGCUUCUGUACACUUCAGAAUUCAUUCUGCUGCUGCUAACAGCAGUUACUUCAUCAAUGAAAACAAGUGAGCCAGUACCCGGGGCUAUACAUGCCAAAAUCAUAAUUUGUUGCAUUCUCACAUCUUGAAAUUGCUUCAGCUACCAUGCUUAUUUUAAUUUGUCCAAUUUGUCCCACCUUUCAUUUAUCCACCUCCCCUCUGGUCCCAUUGAAAUAGAUUAUGCAACGGAUUAGCUGGCCUCAACUAUCUGGUGUAUGUAUGCUGCGUCUUCAUACGAACCCCUUGUUCAUCUGUAAUUGUAGUAUUGGGCCAAUACCGAAAGGUUCGUUUUAAGCUAUUAUCGGGCGAUACCAAUAUAACCCUGAUGUGUUCACACGUCACUGCUUCCUGUAUGGUUUUAUGCUACCUUACAUUCACUCCACGUAUUAUUUUACCAGUUUUGCAAUGCUGGACUGCUGUCUAAUUUGUCUAUAUCUUUUUGUAAGUUAUCUUUUUUUAUUGGACAACAUGAAAUGUAAAACAACACGUAUUCCCAACAAAUGUAGUGUCUGAACACUUAAAAGCAUUGGAUUGAUGUCCGAACAGAAGAAAUGAUGCUGUAAAUUCUUCUCUAUGUCUGGCUUGGCAAAAGGUCUUUCCAAUUUUUGUUUCGAUAUUGAAUGGAGGUCCAGCUACACAGAGGUGUUUGCCAAAUCUACACAUCCGGGUUGCAUAAAUGCCAGUCAUCUCAUCCAAAUGUCAGUUCUACAAACCUGGACACUGAUAACAACAAAUGCAUUUCUACAUAUAUAAUAUCCAAAUAGGCAAGAAGUCUAAAUGUAACCAUCACCCUGGAUUUCGUACUUUCCUCCAUACCAUGCCACUCGGCUAUUCUUACUCUCCCCAAACUCUUCUUCCAUUGGCAAGCUCACUUUUGAUAGGAAGUGCCGAUGUUGUGUAAGGAUCUCAUGCCUUACACAGGAAGUGGGAAAGUGUACAUGUGGGAUAUGUAUAACCCUAACCCUAACAUUGUGCAUUUUUUGCUUGUGUUUCUACAGACAUAUUGCAUUUUCUGCAGAGGAAUAAUUUUAUUUCACAGUUCUUGAAUGCUGACUUCAGGAAGGAUUUUAUCUUCACAGACUACUCAUCUCUUCAUUGGAAACAUUGCCUUUAUCUCUGGUACAUUACCCAUCCAGCAUGUCUCACAAUUAUCCAUAUAGGAGGUCUCCAGAAGAUUUUAGUUCACAUCAAGGAGCCUUUUCUACAUCAGACCAUCUACACCAUGAAGAGCGUCACAUCUAUCAAACCUCUCUACAGCCAUCUCCUCGCUCAACGUCUGUUUUCACAUCCCAAAAGAGUGUCCUGGAUUCUUAUUCCUCCCGAAGUUCUACCACUGCCGACAGCGCUUUGAGUCUUCUCUCCAGCUGUGGGCUUGAGCCUGAAGAUCUUUCUAUCCUAGCAGGUAUGCCUGAAAAUAUGAUGACUGAGGAGUCUCUCCCCCGUUUGCUCAUGGAGAUCAGGCAGAAGAAGGCCCUCAGCGACCGCAGCUGUUUGUCAAGCACUCACCGCAGCACAUCUCAUCAGCCUCUCCAGCCUCCAUCAGACAGCUGGGAGAAUUCCGCUCGUUCUGCCCCGGCAAAAUAUCUGGCAAACCCUCCCCAACAUUCAUCAUACCCACCAAUCCCUCCCCUGCUGUCCUCAUACCCACUUCACAGGGAGGAGCCUGAGAGCUGGAAGGAUCGCUGGGGGAACCCCCGGCAAACUGGUGCAGUCCGGCAGGAGAAAACCAGCUCCACCUAUGUUGUGGACUAUAACUACGGUCAGCCACAAGAGGGGGAUUCACGAAACAUAGAGAGACCAGCUUAUAGUGCGAGAGGAGUAGGCAUCGGAGAGCGCCCCCAUUUGCAGUCUUUGUCUGAUUACCGGCAGUUAAACCCAGGCAAAGAGCCAGCAGCAGCAUAUCAGAAGAAACUAAUUCCUCUCUUGGCUACCACUGUUCACUCUACGCCAACAGCAAGAGAAGCAAAUGAUUUCCAUGGUUCUAUGCCCCAAACUUUUCCUUAUGCAUGUUACCUCUGUGAUAUUGCAGUACUUUCUCAAAAGGAUUGGACCUUACACAUAAAUGGGGCUCAACAUGCAAACAGCCAGCUUGCCGUGUUACAAAUGUAUCCUGAAUGGGACUGUCGGACUGGAUCUGCUAGACAGAGUGACUACAUAUCAGAGAAAGGCAGGGAAGAUAAAAACACUGGAGGAAGAAGACAUGUAGCUCCUCAGCACCAUGGGGUUACAUCAAGCUGUGAAGGGAAAAGCUAUCCUAUUGGAGAUAAGGCUAGUGGAAGAGUGGUUUGCGCUAAAUAUGCAGCUAAUUCUAUGGAUGAGCACUCCAUAAGGAGGCUGGUUGGCCAAGUUGGAUCUGCAGUGAACGUUAUGAUGUUUCCUGUACAGGCUUUCAUUGAGAUGAGUUCACCCGAUGAAGCACAGGAUGUUGUAAAAUACUUCAACAGGAACCCAGUUGUAGUUGAAGGGAGCCUAGUCCAAUUUUCUAUGUCUGCCACAUAUAAUUUUCUUCAGAGUUCUCCGGUGGUGAUUUUUUCCUUGUUGCCCCCUGGACAUGAGAAGUACCCUGAGAUAAUGGCCAUUGCUAAACGAUUCGGACCUGUUAAACACUCCUUAUUCUUACCAAAUCAGGUGCUCUUGGAAAUGGGAUCUAGGGAAGAUGCAGGAAAGUUGGUUCAAUAUUACACCUCCCAUCCUCUUAAAAUGAAAGGCAGUAUUAUCCAAGUAUCCCACUCUACAAAGCACAGCACACUGAAGUUUGCAGUAACUGACAAAGAGACUGAAAGCGGAGAGGCCAGCAGACACGUUGGCCAGUCAUAUAGGUCCCAGACUAGAUCAUCUCCUAGCCCCAGGAGGAGGUCUCCAAGUCCAAGGAGGUCUCCCGGCCCCAGGAGGAGGUCUCCCAGUCCAAGGAGGUCUCCCGGCCCCAGGAGGAGGUCUCCCAGUCCCAGGAGGAGGCCUUCCUGUACGAGAUGGUCUCCCAGCCCUAAGACGUUCUACAGUCCAAGAAGGAGGUCUCCCACCCCCAGGAGGAGGUCUUGCAGUCCGAGAAGGAGGUCCCCCGGCCCCAGGAGGAGGUCUUGCAGUCCAAGAAGGAGGUCUCCCGGCCCCAGGAGGAGGUCUUGCAGUCCGAGAAGGAGGUCUCCUAGCCCCAGGAGGAGGUCUUGCAGUCCGAGUAGGAGGUCUCCCAGCCCCAGGAGGCGAUCUCCCAAUCAAAGGAAAAGGUCUUCUGGCGACAGGAGGAGGUCUCAUAGUCCAAGGAGGAAGUCCUUGGAGAAUCGAGAUGUAGCCAAGUUAGAGGACAAAGCUUCACAGGUGAGAACACCGUCCUCCAGCAGGAACAGGAGUCAGUCGUCUAGAUGGUCAACAUCCCAUACCAAGGAGGACAAGAACAUAUCCAGAGUACAUUCUGUAGAGAAAACAGCUAAUACUCAGAAUGCGAUAGUCAAAAGCAUUGGAGUGUUGACAGAGACUCCAGACCUGGGGAGCACCAAAGAGCCCUCAUGCACUAAUACUCAAACUAAGGAGAGUGUGCCCAGCCCAACAGAACAUCCCCAAGAUCAUGGCACUGGUCAGAAAACUGAAGACCAAACUAUGUUUGAGGGAGGGAAGGACAGUGACAUGGACAGUGACAUUGAAGGGAUGGCAGUGAUUGGAGAGGAUGAGGAAAUUCGGUCAGAAGAGGGCUCUAUGGGAUUCCUGGAGGACAUGGAAGAGCAUGUGUGUGAUGAAGCUGGAACUUCAGCAGAGAAUUUAUCAACUUGUCCUUCAGAGGUUGCUGAAGCUGGUGAAAAAGAAAAACAAGGAGAAGGAGAGGAGCUGGCUUUGCACCCCGAUAAGGAACCUGGUUCACAAAGUCCUACAGCAGAUCCAGCAGUGUCAGAACCUCCUGGAGUCACGGCAGUGCAGGAGGAGAAAGAAGGAGGUCUGGAGGAUAUGGAGGAACCUAACGAGGCCUAUGAUGAGGACGAACCUGAUUUCCCUGAAAGCCUGGAGCAUUGUAUUACUUUAGAUGAGCUUGAAGAUGAAGAUGAUCCGAGGUCCAAGGAGGAAGAACAGGAAAAUGAUUAUGGAAGAGUUAUCUACAUCCAGAAUCUUCCAAGUGGCUAUUACACAGAUAAACAGUUUGUGGCAAUUGGCAAGAAGUAUGGGAAAGUGAAUCGUUAUUUCUUGAUCCGUCGACGUCAAGAGGGCUUCAUUGAAAUGGAGAGAUCUGCAGAUGCCCGGAGAGCUGUAAGGGAGCUAUCAAAAAAGCUUGUGAGAAUGGCUCGCAAUAUUUUGGUUGUUCAUCUGUCACGGAAGUACAAAAGAUUGACAUGUGGGUGGAGCCCUGAAUCGGACUCAGAAGAUGAGAGUGGGUGGAGGAAGCAUCGAAGGGAAAGGAGGAGGAUGGAGGAACGGGAAGACAGUAGCUCAAGAACCAAAUCCAGGAAAGAGGAAGAGCCCCCAUCUAAGAAGGUCUGCAUCAGGGAAGAGAAGACCACCCCAGCAGAGCCCAGCUGCAGCAUCAAGGCGGAGGAGAAGGCAGCCACAGAGGAACCCAGCAGCAAUAAGGAGCAGCAGCAAGAAGAGGAGGAGAAGGCAGCCACAGAGGAACCCAGCAGCAAUAUGGAGCAGCAGCAAGAAGAGGAGAAGGCAGCCACAGAGGAACCCAGCAGCAAUAAGGAGCAAAAGCAGGAGGAGAAGGCAGCCACAGAGAAACCCAGAAACAAUAAGGAGCAACAGCAAGAAGAGGAGGAGAAGGGGACAUCUGAGACACCUUGUGAACAGGAAGAGUUGGCGCGGAAGACAGAAAAUGAAAACAUCAUGAUCACCCAGCCCUCCGACAGCAUGGACACACUGAAGAAGGACACAGAGGGGGUGACCAGCAUUGAAAAUCCAGAUGGAAUCAAACAGGUCUAUGUUAAGGAAGAGAAAGUGGAAAUGAUAACAGAAACCACUCAUGUCCCCCUGGGGCCCUACCUGCCCAACAACCCCAUGGGAAGGGAGUUUGUCAGUCAGAAAAUCGGCUACUUCUGCAGCCUCUGCAAUGCCAUCUAUGUCACCGAAGACGAAGCAAGGAAUGAACAUUGCAGCAGUCACUCUCACUAUGAGAAACUGAAGGCAUAUAUGGAACAAAAGGGCAACCCUGCUAGACAACUUUAAAUGCGCAGUGGUUAUUAUAAAAGUAUCACAACCCAAAUAUAUGUGGAAAUGGCCUUUGAUAAGCAGUUACAUCAGUGGGACCUGAUGUGCAACAUUCUUCUAAGAAAUAUCUCACAAAACCAAGAAUAAUGUUGAGAAUGGGGGGGACCUAUCGAAUCCAGGCCAUGUUGUCAGCUGUUGCCGAGCUUGGUGGAGGGCGGUGCUCAGUUGGCUCUAGCAUCACCAGGCCUGGUAGGCUGGGUUUCAGUUGGCCAGGAAGAUGGACUUGUGGCGCACCAUCGACACCCACCGGUUGUAAUAUA